CACCAACACCCGAUCCAAUCCAUCCACCCACACACCCACCAUGGACAAACCCAUCACCACGGCCGAAGUGCCCCCUCAAUUCCUACGAUCCGCCUUCCUAGUCGGCCACAUCCCUCAACGCGCCCUGGCCUCCGACCCGCGCAUCUCCUACGCUCUCUACGUCCCGCCAGAACACUACAACCCUAAUCCGCAGGCUAUCCCCGACCCCAACCAGAUCCCUCCCACCACCACAAAGAACAACAAACCCCCCCUCCCCCUCCUGGUCCACGUCCACGGCACAUCCCGCAACCUGACCCCCAUCCACACCACCCUCCCGGCCUUCGCCAACCGCACCCCCUGCGCCAUCCUCUCCCCCCUCUUCCCAGCGAACCUCGCCCACCCCAACGACCUAGACUCCUACGCCCAGGUCACAGCCCCAACCCUCCGCUCCGACCUGGCCCUCCUCUCCAUCCUCUCCGAGAUCGCCCACGUCUGGCCGGGCAUCGACACCACCAAGAUCUAUCUGAUGGGGUUCUCGGCCGGCGGACAAUUCGCGCACCGCUUCUUGUAUCUCCACCCCGAGCGAAUCGCGGCUGCGAGUGUCGGCGCGCCGGGACGGGCGACGAUGCUGGAUAGCGGGGUCGAGUGGCCUGCUGGGAUCAAGGAUGUAGAUGAGCUGUUUGGACGGGGGGUUGACCGUGACGCUCUCAGAGAUCUAGGAAGGGCUGGAGCAAUCCAACUCGUCAUUGGAAGUGAGGACGUGAAGGUCCACGGCGGAGAUGAGUUCUGGGUGUGGGUGGGGGAGAUGCUUGCGAAGAAGGGGGUGAGUGAAACUGGAAAGGGGGGGAAGGGGGUGAAGGUGCAGAAGAAGAUGGAUCAUGGCAGGAUGGAGAGUUUGUUGGCGUUGAAGAAGGGGUGGGAGGAGAUGGGGAUUCAGACUCGAUUUGAUGUUGUGGAGGGGGUCGCGCAUUUUUCGCCGGGCGUGCAGGAUUGUGUGCUUGCGUUUUUGGGGCCGUUGAUGCGGAGGGGGGAGUAG